AUGCCUGACAAUUUAUCGACUAUUUCAGCUGAUGGUAGUGAAAAGUACGAGAGUGCUAGCAAAGACAUUGCUAUCAACGACACAUUUUACCACACACCGUUCAAUUACUUCGUCGUGCGCACCGUUGACCCCGUGCCCAAGGACGCGGGUUUGAAGCUCUACACAAGUUUCCAGGGCUCCAUGCUCUCGGGGCUUAACGGACUCUAUAAAAGUAGCUACUUUGACACGGUGGCCAAGGAGACAAGACAUCUUGCGACAACUCACUUCGAACCUGUGGCGGCACGGAAGGCUUUUCCCUGUCUCGAUGAGCCAAAUCUGAAGGCCGAGUUCUCCAUCAGAGUCAUCCACAGGGACAGCUACACGGCACUGUCAAACAUGCCAACAGAGACUACACACAUCCGAGUGUACGCCCCUGACGACCGCCUCAGCCAAGCUCACUACGCCCUGCAGGUCGCCAAACACACAGUGGACGACUUUGAGGGCAGGCUCAAGAUAGACUACGUGCUCCCAAAAGUUGACUUGGUUGCGAUCCCAGAUUUUUCGUCCGGCGCCAUGGAAAACUGGGGCCUCAUCACGUUCCGAGAGACGGCGCUGUUGUGUGACCCAGAUAGUGUCUCAGCCAACGCACAACAGAGGGUAGCCGAGGUUGUAGUUCAGGAACUAGCACAUCAGUGGUUCGGUAACUUGGUCACAAUGAACUGGUGGAAUGACGUGUGGCUCAACAAGGGUUUUGCGAGCUAUAUGCAGUACGUGGGGACCUCUACCAAACAACCGGCAUGGGAUAUGAUUCUAUGUCACAGAUUGUUCUAA